GCCGGGGCCUUUUGCAGGCCGCGUUAUUGCAACAUGUGGAGGCCGGGAGCCGCCGGCGUCUUCUUCUCAGCCGCUUCGCGGAUCGCAGCCCGCCGCCUCAGCGGAAGCGCGCGGGGGUGGAAAGCGGCUGCGGCGGCACCUCUCAGGAAAACCACCGUCGCUUCUUCUCCCUUCCCCCUACACCAGCCCGAUUCUUAUAUGCAUUCUUUAGACCAUGUUCUAAUGGGAAGAGCCAAGAGUGUUCAGCUUAUAUGUGUAAGAAAAUCAGGAACUCUCAGUAACAAGAGCUCAUUAGAUGAAACAACAUAUGAAAAACUUGCUGAAGAAACACUGGAGUCAUUAAUGGAUUUCUUUGAUGAUCUGGCAGACAAGCCUUUUAUUCCUGAAGAUUAUGAUGUCUCCUUUGGGAAUGGAGUAUUAACAGUUAAAUUGGGUGUUAGCUUGGGAACGUAUGUGAUCAACAAACAGACACCAAACAAACAGAUAUGGCUGUCCUCUCCAACCAGUGGUCCGAAACGUUACGACUGGACUGGAAAAAACUGGGUUUAUUCUCAUGAUGGUGUCUCACUUCAUGAACUACUGGCAAAGGAAUUUUCAGUUGCUUUAAAAACCAAAUUGGACUUAUCAACUUUAGCAUAUGCUGGAAGAGAACAUACUUGAUAAUAUAUCUGUCUUAAAGAAUUCAAGGACUUUGAAGUUUGACCCACAGUCUUCCCUCUGUUUCCCCUCCCCCCUUUUGAUGUGUUAAUCCAAAUUUAAAUUUCUCAACUUUUUGUUGUAUCAAGUCAGUUUUAUUAUGCAAUAAUGUGAAAAUAUUUUUCUUAGCUUUA